GGAGCAAGUACGAGUCGCGCUGGAGAGGGGAGGGAACGAGAGGCAGAUAGUCUCUCAAUUACCGUCAAUCACCCAGGAUUACUGUCGCCUACUCUCAUACUUCUCGCCGAUAAGCGGCCAGAGCAAGUUUACCGGGUGACUCGGAGCAGGUAUGCGGUCAGUUCUGUUUGUAGGACCUUAAAAAGCAAGAAUGCGGACCUAAACGGGACUUCCACGCCGUUCCUGUGACGGUUUGGCUUUCUCUGAAAUCGGAAGACACGAAUCGAUCUUUCUCUGUAGCUGGGAGCUGAGCACUGACUGGCUUUGAGUGUUCGCUGGCGGUUGGCGUACUUCUCGGCUGGGCUCCCGUGGCUUGAGGCAACGCUGCUCCUGCAGACGAGGCGAAAGAGCCGCAGCCAGGGACCACGACCGCCACCAGAACGGAAUCCUGUUUGGGGUUGCAGGCAGACCGCAGAGACAGUCGUCAGUUUCGGCUUCUGGACACAAAUAUUACACAUACUGAUAGAGGAGAGUGAAAUACACUCAUAACUCUGUAGUCAGCGAAUGACAGCGCGGCUCUCGCUAUUUUACAGUUUCCUUGAAACAUGUAAUCUACGCUGGAAACCAAGCUGCCAGUCGUUGACUUGAGUUUUCCUACAAUUUUGGAAAGAGGCUGUUAUCGCCCUGAGGACUACCGAAGAGUCGUGUGGCUCGUGGGAAUACAAAGCCACCAGUCAGACUCGGCGUCUUUACUAGUGCUGGAGGCUCGCGCUGAGCUGUCAAACAGGUACCUACACGUCGUGUCUGGUCGUGAGGGGUCACAUACCGGCCCUAUUUGACCGACCCUAUUUAUCUCAGGAUAUAUAUAUAUAUUUUUUUUUUCAUUUUGUAUCCUUCAAUUAGCCUAUUGUAUCUUGCCAGUCGUAUGCUAUACAUUUGCAGCUGUUGGAUGAGGGAGUCUGCUUUGGUGAAGGUAGCCUGACCUAAGGCUUACAUAUGUCUGUAACGUGGUGGUGAACGACUCAAUGAUGCACAGAUGCACAGCCAUGCCCAAAUGUAUUAAUGUAAAUGGCAAAGCAAUCAUACAUCUGCGUUCUGUUAACCUGGUUAACUCACUCGGGCAGUGACAUCUAACCUGUAAUCUGUGCGCACACGUGUGACAGGGAGAGUGUGCGUGCGUGCCCUAUGCGUGGGGCUUCUCCUCUGGUUUUAUCUGAAACACUUUCGCAUCAGCCACAAUGAUGAGCGGUGGACCCAACAUCGUGUACGAGUGGCUCCGGACACUGCAGCUCGUGCAGUACAUGGAAGCCUUCAUGGAUAACGGCUACGACGACCUGGAGGUUUGCAAACAGAUCGGGGACCCGGACCUGGACGCAAUCGGGGUGUACAUUCCGCACCACCGGCAGCGCAUCCACGACGCGGUGCAGCGGCUCCGGGACGAGGACAAGGAAACAGCCAGCGGGCUUUACUUCACCCUGGAGCCGCUGUCACCGUCAGCCUCCGAGAUCUACACCAGUCGGCUCGCGGAGCAAUACGAGAGCCGCCUCCGGGGCUCCAAGUCAUGGACCGAGCCAAGCAGCGAGCGGGGCUUCGUGAUGGGGAUGACGGGAGCGCCGAGGAACCUUACUCUUGGGAAUCGUAGGGAGCUGUCGAUCUACCCGAAGCUCAAGUUGAAGAUCAUGAUCCGAGAUAAGCUCAUCCGCGAUGGAAUUAACCUAGCCAGGCCGCCAUACUCCAACAAGGAUGGCUCGUUGGGUAAUAUAGAUGACUUGGCUCAGGAGUACUCUGAGUAUUACAACACGUGCUCCAGCGACGUCAGUGAACGCUUGGAAGAGCUACGCAAGCGGCGAGUUUCACAGGAGCUGGACAUGGACAAGGCAGACCCCAGCUCCUCCUCCCUUCAGCUGCGCUCUGAAAUCCAGGAGUCACUGGGGUUUAGCAGUGAAGUCUCCACACCUGAAAUUGAAAGAAAGGUACCCCUCCACAGAUCCAGUUCAGAGGACGGGUGUGGAGGUAAAUGGGACGGUAAGAAGAAGAAUAAGUCUUUCUGGCAGAACUUCCGGAAGUCUCCAAAAGGAGUUACAAGACAGACCUCCAAAGGAGAGGACAUCGGCUAUGUUGCCAGUGAGAUUACUAUGAGUGAUGAAGAACGCAUCCAGCUGAUGAUGAUGGUGAAGGAGAGGAUGAUCACUGUGGAGGAGGCUCUUGCCCGGCUGAAGGAGUUUGAGCGCGUCAGCAGACUCAGCCAGAGUGAGUCCGACUGGACGGAAGCUUCCAGCACCACCGUCAACUCUCGAGAGCACUCCGACGAUGAGCAAGAGGACUCGCUCAAGUUCAAGCGUCUGCACAAGCUGGUCAACUCCACGCGCCGCGUUCGAAAGAAACUCAUCAAGGUGGACGACGGCAAGAGACACGCCUCUGACGACUCCCUGAGCCUGGAGGCGUCCCCGACGUGUGAGGACAUCUCAGCGCUGUACGCGGGCGUCCACAAGAGGCCGCCGGUGCUGGACGGUGACUCGUCACUGUCCUCGCUGACCCAGGAGCAGCUUUCGCUGGACGGCGACUCGGACAGCCUGGCCACCUCACAGUCAUCCAGCAGCCUGGACCACUGGGGCACGGGCGCCGGACGCAAACUGGUCAAGACUUACAGCGGGCCCGGCAGCAGCGGAGCUUCCAGACCUCACGCAGCGGUCAACGCCGUCGCUGUGUCCGUACAUCCCCACGGGCUCAUCCGACCACCGCGCAAGCACAGUGAAAGGGGUGGAGACGGAGGGAGUUCUUCGUCCUUCUCAGAGCUGGACGGAAGCGUGUUGACCGACGGAGAUCUUCAGCAGCAUCCUGGCGGUGGCGUCUCUCGCUCGGCGACCGAAGGCGAGAUGAAGCGUGCACUGGGCGCGCUCACGGCACACGGGAGAACGUGUAGUUUUGGAGGAUUCGACCUGUCCAACCGAUCUCUGCACGUGGUUGGAACUGCCAGUGAAUCAAACAUUAAGGAUGAUGCGGUGUAUCGUGAGGUCAUCAAGUCCCCGAGCACGUCGCGCAUCUCUCUGGGGAAGAAGGUGAAGUCGGUGAAGGAGACCAUGAGGAAGCGCAUCUCCAAGAAGUACAGCAGCUCUCUCUCUGAACAGUCGAGUCCGGAUGGGACCCCCGUCUCCCCCCAGUCUCCCCAGCAGGAGUGUGAGCCUCUGGAGAAGCCCAAGCUCAAGGCCGGGGGGUCAGUGGAGUCCCUCCGCAGCUCCCUCAGUGGACAGAGCUCCAUGAGUGGCCAAACGGUCAGCACUACAGACUCGUCAGCGUCGAACAGGGAGAGUGUGAAGAGUGAGGAAGGGGAGGACGAGGAGCCUCCGUACAGAGGACCCUUCUGUGGACGCGCCCGUGUACACACAGACUUCACCCCCAGCCCCUACGAUUCAGACUCACUCAAGCUCAAGCGGGGCGAUGUAAUCGACAUCAUCAGUAAGCCACCCAUGGGCACGUGGAUGGGCCUGCUGAACAACAAGGUGGGCACGUUCAAGUUCAUCUACGUGGACGUGCUGUCCGAGGAGCAGGAGAAGCCCAAACGCUCCAUCCGGAGGAAGAGCAGGAGGAAGAGCAGGCCACCCAAACCGGCCUCCGUCGAGGAACUGCUCGAGAGGAUCAACCUCAAGGAGCUCAUGCCUACGUUCCUGUUUAACGGCUACGAGGAUCUGGACACGUUUAAGCUCCUGGAGGAAGAAGACCUAGAUGAGCUCAACAUCAAAGAUCCCCAACAAAGAGCUGUUUUGCUCACUGCUGUGGAGCUGCUUCAGGAGUAUGACAGCAGCAGUGACGUGGAGCGCAGCACCCUCACCGGCUCCCAGGAGAAGCUCCUGUCUGAGGGCCCCGGCCUGGAGGGCGACUCGCCCCGCGACUCCGGCUGCUACGAGAGCAACGAGAACCUGGAGAACGGAAAAAUCCGGAAGGCUUCGCGUUUGCUGAACUCGGGUGCGGAGCUGGGUGCCGCCGACUACCCCACGCUGCCACUGACCCGCUCCACCGAGGCCCUUCAGCAGGAGCGCGCCCGCAAGCACCCCGUUGCGGCUGCCGCCAAGCACUUCCUGUUACACCCACCAAUCAAAGCCCUGCGAGGCCUGGGGCGGGGCGUGCGGGGGGCCCGGCGCUGCAGGGUCCUAAUGCCCACCAGCCGCAGCUGCGAGAUGCUGGACGUGCCCCUGGAGGCCCCCGCCGGAGCCGCCGGGUCCCGGAAGAGGUCGCAGUCUGUGGGAGACCUGCUGUGGGAACAAGCCUUCGACCAGCAGCAGAAGACCCAGAGGGGGCCUCCGCUGCCUGCUCAGGGGCCCGGGGCCAAAGAGUGGAAAGACCGGAUGGAGGUGGAGAGGAAGAAAAGGGUGGAGGAAGGUGGGGUGAUGCCCACUGCUGUGCCCGCUCUUCCACCCAGGCCUGGCGCUGGCGCUGCCACGUCUCCCAGCUCUCCUCAAGCGUCUCACAAUACACCAUUGUCUCCAUUCCGAAAGAGUCCUCCAGCGUCCCAUGAUGCCUCUGUGGCGUCGCCCGUCGGCUCCCCGCUCACGUCCCCUCCCACCUCCCCCCCGCUGCGGACUCUGCCCAAGAAGGCCCCCGUGCCCCCUCCCGUACCCGCCAAGAAGUCCAAGGAGCGCCUGCCCAACGGCCUGCGCCCACCGCCUCCUCCAGCCCACCUCCUGCCUGCCCUGCCCGUCAAAACCUGCCCCAGCCCCCCCGAGGGGAACACUUCUACCCCCACCACGUUCUCCCCCAUCUCCCCGAGCCUCUCUCCGGGGGAGACCGAGCCUGAGCCGGGCACCUCGCCGUCGGUGCCCCCUCCCUGGCUGUCGGACCUGCCCGAGUCUGCCUGCCCACAGAUCCAUGGCUCCAGGCCAGCGAUGGCGGCGGUUGCGCUCAGGAGGGUGUCCAAGAUGGCUGAUCUAGAGACUGUUCUGGAGGAAAGGCUGAUGGCAGAGGGCAUCGACCUCACUGAGGAGCCCUACUCCGAUAAGCAUGGGAGGUGUGGUGUGCCGGUUUUGCUGGUGCAGAGGUACAGUGAGGAGCUACAGCGCCCCCUGCAGAUCAUCUUCUCCACGCUGGACAUCAUCCGCGUCAAACAGCUGCGCAAGGAGCACCGCAUGGCCAUCCCGUCGGGUGGACAGACAGACGCCUGCCGCAAGCCCACGUCCCCGUGCCGCUCGGCCUCCCUCUCUGUCUCUGAUUGGCUGGUGUCCAUUGGCCUGCCCAUGUACGCGGCACCCUUGGCCUCGGUGGGCUGUGAUUCGCUGGCCGGGGUGCGCGCCCUCACCGAGGAGUGUCUGCACCAGGCCGGCGUGAGCCAGGAUGGCCAUGUGCGCUGGAUCCUGCACGAGGCCCGUCUGCUGGCCUCGUAGCCUGCGACUGCGUGCCUGCGACUGUGUGCCCGCAUCUGCACUCGUCCAUGCAGGUCAAGUCCGGACCAGGGCAACGAAAUGGCAGGAUCUCUCCAGCCAGCCACCUGCGUCUCUGUCCAUCUGUCCAGUCCAUUCUAUGUUCUUCCCAAAUGCUCGGUGACUCCUGCUCAAACGUCUCCUCAUAACCCACAUCUGCAUCAAUAACAUCUGCAUCAAUAACUUCUGCAGCGAUAUGUCUGCAUCACACUACAUCUACUCUGCACCUCAGGCUAUGUCUGGGCCUGUGCCCUUUAGGACAUGGGCAGCACAGCACAGAGUGACCCCCAGAAUACAGGAAGAAGGUCCUCUUCCCUUUCUCCAUCUCCCUCUGUCAUUUUCAUCAGUCAUCCUGAGGGAUAGCAAAUGUCUUCAGUUUCAUACAAACAUCACGGUAGCUUCUUCCAUAGGUGUGUUCACGUCCAUAUCUAGUGGAGGCAGACAUUCCAGUGGGUGAUCGAUCAGUCUUUGCAUCUCUUCGAGCUGUGAGCAGGACCACAUGUCAUGCUGUUAUUCUCAGUGGUCACCUCAGCAGGCUUUCUAUCUCUUCUUUCAUGUUCAGACCUUUUUAUUCUUCUACGUUUCAUCUCUCUCUCUCUCUCUCUCUUCCUCUCCCUCUCUGUCUCUCUCUGCUUGUCUGUCAUCUGUUUGCCAAGGACAGAUCAGUGGCCUUGAGACUGAAAGGACAUUGACCUUUGACUCGAAAGCACUGCCGUUUGAGUAAGCAGCACAUCUUCUGUCCUUACAAAGGGUUGUAUGGUGCCCACACACUGCUGUCGCUCACUACAACAGCAGUCUUUUUUAAAAAGAAGUAAACUCGUACACUCUUUCCUUUCAUGGAGUGGGUGGGGGAGGAGGGUGGGGGGGGUGGGUUGAAGGACAGGAUGUACAUCAUUGUGAUCUGUUCUGUCAGAGCUCAGAUAUGGUUGAUUAUGGCGGCUUGUGUCUGGGCAAGAUCCGUUUUGGAGUCGCUGGUGCAUCACUGGGGGAGGAUUAGAAGCUGGUGGCACAAGCCAGUGGAUUGUGGGACUCAAAACACUCUGUCAUCAACUAAGUGUGUGUGUGUGUGUGUGUGCGAGUGUAUAUAUGGUGGUUAGCCAGGGCAUGGCUGCCCAAGAAGACAACAUUAUUCUCAUAUCAGCAUUCAAUAGCAUUGUGUUUAUUUAAAGGAAAUAGUGUUAUAUGCCUUUAUUUCAGGGUCCUGUGUGUAUGUGUGUGUGUGUGUGUGUGUGUGUGUGUGUGUAUGUUUGUGUGUGUGUGUGUGUGCCAGAGGUUGACAUAUAGCCAUUUCAUAAGCUUCUUCCUGUUGUCUGGAAGAGCCAAAAUUUGCUUUUCUUGUCUAAUCUACUCUAAUCAGAACUAAUGGAAGAUAAUUAACUAUUAUUUAAUCUAACACUUUUCUGUGUCUAACAGUUCAACACUUCCUCUCACUGGUCAGAUUCUAGUGCCUCCACUGCAACAGUGUGCUUUCUCUAUAGCUUCCUUGUCAUUAUAUACAGUAAACACUGCGACAUGAGCAUUUAAGCUUUGUAUCCACACUCAGUCACACUUCCUGAAAGUUAUAUUAUUCGGGUUUCCAGGGAUAGGUUGAAUGUCUGUUAGCACACAGGCUGUAUCUUUGUUUUGUGUGUGUGGGGGUGUAUGAAUGUGUGUGUGUACAUUAUAUUCUGCGUAGACUCUAUUUUCAGCAUCUGGUAGUGAGACUUUGUAAGGUUGAGGAAUGUUUUGCUAUAACUCAAAUGAAAUGUAGUGAGGCAACAUCCUUAAAAUCUACCCCAUUCUAGACACACAAAAAAAGCUUUAGAUGAGGACUUCCUAUCACACAUCCACCAGGGAUUCUGUUUAUCAGUAUGAUUAGCACAAACAGAGCGUAUAGAUAUAGAUCAUAAUUACGUAGAGCACAAAGCACCCAGGUGUUCUUCGUUUUCUUUGGGUGGAACUAAUGGGGCUGAUCUAAACUAGAUCUAGCCCACAGUUUCAGCUUCAGGGGAAAAGGGCACAUGAGUAAGCUCAAAGUUACUGUCAGAAUGUAGUUACAGUAGGUCUAAAGCGCUCCGCAUAUAGGCAUCGACAUGAGUGCACCACCACUUUCUGUCACUUGCCUAGAGCCAAAAUGUUUAGCUGACAAGUAUUCGAAAAACAUUAGAUUUUUAUUGAGUGGUGCCAACAAAACUGAAUCUAAUGUAAUCGAACAUUAAAAAUGGAGUGUGCUGCACCCAUGUCGGUGCCAAUGUGCGAAGGCCUUUAAGAGUGCUCUUGUUGCCAUGGACACACAAGAGGUCAGUCAGUUCUGGGGUGGGGGUGUUGAGCCCGGUUUGGGCCAUAAGAAAUCAGUGCCAGAAGUCCAUUCAGGGUUUCAAGUCUUUAAGCCGAAGUAAAGCACAGAAGUCUUACCUGAGUGCACAAUCUUGUGUGGUGUGUGAUUGACAGCUGAAGUGACCAUUAUCUAAUACAGACUGAGAUAUCAGUGCGUUUACACAGGGGCAUGGACCAGAACACACAAGCAGACAUCUGUGUCCAUAGUCUAAUGCACACACAGUUUUACCAAACAAAAACAUUCUCAGUUGUAUCUGUGUCUGUAUGUGUGAGAGAGAUAGAGAGUGUGUGUUUGUGUGUGUGUGUGUCUGUGUGUGUGUGUGUGUGUGUGUGCUCACAAGAAUGAAGUGUGGGGUUUUCAAUCCAGUAAUCCAGUCCUCUUUCAAUGAUCAAUCAAAUAUCAGAUAGUUCUAAAAAAUAAAAGCGGAAAAAAAGACAUUUUUUAUUUGUAAAGAAAAAUACUGUUACUGUAAAAUGCACUUUAGCAAUGAAUAAAUUGUUUUAUUGUUUUAUAUAUAAAUGAAUAAAAGCUCAAUUGGCAUGAGAAUUUGUAGCCCUUUGACAAACCAUUCAUUCUGUGUCAUAUUAAGAACAGGAGGUCUACAAAAUCAAACUGUUCCUUAACACAGAAAAGAACAUCUCGGUUCCAAAUGCCAAGCCCAGGAUGUACAAAUUUGUAAUUGUCAUUAAUUAACAUUCUCCCCAUUAAUUACUUAACUACAAUAUGUUGUAUCAUUCCCCAUCUCUAAAGCAUAAUUACAUAUAUGACAUGAUUAACAUAUGUUGCACACUCUGUGUAUGUGAUUGAUAUUUAAAUAACUUAUUUGCUUUUCAUAUCAAUUGUAAUUAGUAGUUGUACUAUACAUUAAAAAACAGCAAUACCAUUUUUGCAUAUGGCAGGUGUGAAACUACAGUAUCUAUGUAAAAUACCUGUGUAAAUAUAAUUUACCUGCUUUCAACUUGCUGAUGUCUCUGAACUUUCUUUUUUUUGCUUGUGUAUUGAAACAAACAACAAAAAUGUUUUAAAAAAUAAUUGUCACUCUGACUAUAAUAAAAAACCCUUUU